CAAAAACGGGCCAAACAAUAUACUCUCUCAGUCUUUAUACUUUAUAUGGUAACUGAGCUGCUCCAUUGUGAAGAAGAGCUUCCACUUCUAACAAUUCGUUUUAUAUAAGAUAGCACGGAACUCUAGUUAUAUUUUAUUAAAUAUUAUUGUAUUGUUCGAGCAUGAGUAAUGUUGUUGCCUUUUGCUCUUCCCACUGCAAUCUGAUCUUGUGACAUCAUAUCUUUAUCAAGCACGUGGAGAAUUGUUCACCCUUUGCCACACAAAACGAGGCUUGGUACGCAGCAACUUUUACGAAUCUCGUCAAUGCUUAGUUCACAUCAAUCCUAUAUCUCCUUCUCGCCUGAAAUAUGGUCACAAAUAGCCUGGCAAAUUGAUGACGUUCAAGAUCUGUUAGCUUUGUCGGCUACUUGUCGUUUCCUUCGACUCCUUGGUACUGACGAUCAAUUGUGGAAGCAAUUGUGCAUUCAACACUAUGGAGUUGAUUAUACCUAUACCAGUUUCUUGACACAAUAUAAAGCAUGUACUCAAGAUAAGUCCAUGCGAAGAGUAUGUAGGCAUCUUAUGGGAUUCACCCAGCCAGUUUUGCUCGAGAAAAGCUCUUUAUACAAGACUAUGUCCUUGGAAAGUCCAUGCUCCAAGUGCCAUGCGCUAUGCAACGAACUGUAUAUGUGUAUGCACAGAAAAUGUGACGAAGCCUUAUGUUCCGGAUGCCGUGAUGUUGGUGACCAUCAUCUCUUUUUAAGAGUUAGCAGUCUAUGGUUAUGGUGUACACGAUGCAGGACAUCCUACUCCAUGCCAGUUGGCCGAGCACUUGGCGUAUGCACAGCUAGCCGAAGCGAACAAAUCAAAGUUGAUGAAAUGCUCGACAUUGUCACCAAAGAUAAUGACAAUGGUCGUGGUGCGUUGGAAAAGUUUAGAUUCCGUAUUAUGGAACGCAAUUUGGAAGUCGAGGAGCAGCGUGAACUUUCGCAGUUGCCUGAGGACCAAAUCAAAGUUCAUGUUAUCAGUCGUGCCUGGCUCCAAACUUGGGGCCAUUGGCUACACGGCGGUUUGAGUCCAGAUCCAAUCGACCAAUAUGAGCUGUUGGAUGAGCGUGGUAAACUUCAUAUACCAGAAGUGACCUUGGAAGGCUGGUCACUUGGCUUUGUUGGACCUAAGACUUGGGAGCACCUUAAGUCGACCUAUGGUGUGAAGGGUCCAGAUUUGACGGAAGAUGAUGUUCAAGGUGACGAGUACGAAGGUAUCCGAACUAGGAUUAAGCUAUGGAAGCAAAGUUUGAAGUCUCUAGCUAUGACGCCAAAUUAGAACCAAAUACUUUUUUGAGCGUAACGUUUUAUAUUAUCUGUAUUUGUGAUUUGCUUUGAUAUCUUUUUUUUAUUCCCAAUUUACAAAUUAAAAAAGCAAUACUAUUGAGUCCGCAAAACCAAAAAACUGAUAUGCGUACCAAACCGUCCUCCUGAUG